UGUGCGCGUGCGUGCGUGCGUGUGUGCGUGUGUGUGUGUGUGUGAGAGCGAGCGAGAGAGCGAGCGCGCGAGCGAGAGAGAGAGAGAGUGUGUGUCUGUUGUGUCUGCGCUUACUGAUUACUACCCGCUCUGGAUCAGAAGACUGGAUUUAUACAUGCUGCUUGGGAGCACUACACAGUGUUGGAUUAUACUGUUUUUGGGGUUGUUGUUUUUGUUUUUUUUGCACGAUUUCUUCGCGUCAUCUCCUGAACAGUUCUGAAGCUGAUUGUUAAUACAUGCUAUCAUGCCAAUGAGCAGUGGCCUGGCGUGGAAGAACUACGAUUAUGACUACGACUCGGUGCAGCCGUACUUCUACUUCGACAACGAUGAGGAGGACUUUUACAAGCAGCUGCAGCAGGGUCAGGCGCCCAGCGAGGACAUCUGGAAGAAGUUCGAGCUCUUGCCCACGCCGCCGCUUUCCCCGAGCCGGCGGCCCUCCACAGCUGAGCAGCUGGAGAUAGUGAGCGAGUUCCUCGGCGACGACGCGGUCAACCAGAGCUUCAUCUGCGACUCGGAUUCCUCGCAGACUUUCCUCAAGUCCAUCAUCAUCCAGGACUGCAUGUGGAGCGGCUUUUCUGCUGUCGCCAAGCUCGAGAAGGUGGUGUCCGAGAGCUCGCGACGCUGCACGCGGCGCGGAAAAGCUUAUCCACGUCUUCCGGUGGUGAUGCAGCACAGCAGCGGGGUCUAUUUGCACGAUCUUAGCGCGUCGGAGUGUAUCGAUCCUUCCAUGGUUUUCCCUUAUGCGCUUACGGAAUCGCCCAAGUGCGCAAAACUGACAGCGCCUGCGGAUCACGCGCCGCCUGUAGACACGCCACCCAACAGCGGCUGCAGCAGCGAUUCAGAUGAUGAAGAAGAGGAAGACGAGGAAGAUGAGGAAGACGAUGAGGAGGAGAUUGAUGUGGUGACAGUGGAGAAGCGUCAGAGGAGGAGCGAGGCCGAAGUGACCGAAUCCAGGCAGCCCAGUCCGCUAGUGCUGAAGCGCUGCCACGUCUCCACACAGCAGCACAAUUACGCCGCCCAGCCUUCCACACGGCAUGAGCAUCCAGUCAGCAAGCGCCCACGCCUUGAAACCUCCUCCACAGGCCACGGUACCAUCCGACACAGCAAGCCAAGGAAGUGCACAAGUCCACGCACGUCCGACUCGGAGGACAAUGACAAGCGGAAGACGCACAAUGUGCUGGAGCGUCAGCGGCGCAACGAACUCAAGCUAAGCUUUUUCGCCCUACGUGACGAGAUCCCCGAGGUAGCCAACAAUGAAAAGGCAGCCAAGGUGAUGAUCCUGAAAAAAGCAGCAGAGUGCAUCCACAGCAUGCAGGCAGAUGAACGAAGGCUGCUGUCCAUGAAAGAACAGCUGAGGAGAAAGAGCGAACUAUUAAAACACAGACUACAGCAGUUACGGAGGUCCCAGCUAUAAAAAA